AUGCCCGUCGCCUACGCGCUCAUCAAGCCGCUGUAUAUGGCUAUGCAAAGCGUGAUGUGUGGGGAUACGGCUGCUCCGCGGGGGGCCAAUUUCGAUCACUUCGUCCAGGCGCGUACUACGCCCACAUCCAGGCGCAUAACGCUCACUCUUGUGCAGGCCUUGCAAGUUCUUGGGUUCACGCCGAGGGUCGUUGCGCAGCCCCAGGUCGUACUCUUGGACCCGCCGACGGGGUUCAAUCAAGAAGCCGGCCCGUUGCAGCUGGUGCGUCCCAACGCAGGGCAACUUUGGUACUCUUUCGAGCACGCGGAGGUUGCGCACGCUUUAGAGGAGCGGUACGGGCUCACCGGAAGUUCUUUCAUUGAGCUUCCGGGUGAUCUGCUGCCCGGGAUCAACGGGUUCGUCAUAGCUGCAGGCGGAGGGCUGUAG